AUGUCUGAUCAACAGCUUCUUCUUGAGCGACAAGUUCGUCGUCAUGCUCUGGCUAAGGCUGAGGAGCACAUCAAGCAAACACCUUAUAUGCAUGUCGAACCAAGCGACCUGAAGGCGGCUGGUAUCCGCCAUCUCCCUUUGUCCCUAGAGGGGGGUAAAGACGCGCCAUGCUUUUUCAAACCCUACGAAGAGAACCUGCCUCUUCCAACUGAAGAAGAUGCGUUUCUCAAGAACCAGCUGAACCCAGAUCAUAUCAUGUGGGACACUCGUGCAUUGGAGGUCUUUCUCUUUUACCACUUUCAGGACUGCAGAUCCUUUGCAUUGCGCGAGUAUCCGCACAACCCUCCCUUUGGCGUGUAUCGCGAGAUUGGAGAUUUCAAGUUCGGACAGCUACUAGAGUGUUUUGGUUUCAAUUGGUAUGCUGUAUCAGUGACAGAUUACCCCGAACAAAACCAUCCCCACAUGAAGGCCAUCGUGGAAAAUGACGUGAUUGGCGACAACCGUCUGCUUCGUGGAGAGAUCAUGACGAUCACCGAUAUUAUGAGGGGCCGUCUAAGGUCUAAGACCCUGCGGCCGCAUAUUGUUGCUCCGAUGCUGGUGCUCUCUCUCAUGGGUCCACGCCAUGCCCGGGUUUUGGAGGCCGAUUUUGAUGGAGUGACGCUUAACAUCCGUGCUUCCAGAUUGUACGAUUUCACGAGGAAGAACACCGAUGCUGUGCAGCUGCUGACGCGGUAUUGGCUGGGUGGGGCAUGCGGCCAGACCACAAUGAAAUCCUAA